CUCUUUCAGUCCCAAAAGUUAUUAGGAAAAGAAGUUUUCGUGCGUUACUCAAACAACUUGAAAAGUCUCUUAUUUUCAUUUUCACAUUUCACUAUCAUAUUAUAGAGAGCAUAUCCCUAUGCUUUUCCUGCUGUCAGUUUCUUUCUCCACAAUUAUGGCUUAGUUAUCUCAGCCAUUAUUAAUCCUCAAAGCAAAUUUAUAGAUAUUUUUAUAUUUUUUAUAUAUAAUACCCUUUCUUGAUUCAUUUUUUUUUUCUUCUAAUAAACUCUUUCUCACCACUCUCCCUCUGUUCUCAUUUUCAUAAUUAUGGGUUCCCAACAAAACAUUUCUCCUUUAUUGCUUAUUUUCUCCGUAAUCUUCGUUGUCGCCAACGCUUGCUCUAAUGGAACAUGCAAGCUCGAUGAUAAAUGCUCAGACGACGCAGAUUGUGGGCCUGGGCUUUAUUGUUUGUCUUGCACGUUAUCCUUUCAAGGCCGAAGAUGUGUUAGAUCAACUGGAACAGAUCCAUUUCAAUUGGUGAAUAGUUCUCUGCCAUUCAACAAGUAUGCAUUUCUGACGACCCACAAUGCUUUCGCCAUUGAAGAUGAGCCAUCACAUACUGGAAUACCAAGAGUAACCACCGCAAAUCAAGAAGACACUAUUACUCAACAGCUCAAUAAUGGCGUUCGGGGUCUAAUGCUUGAUACCUAUGAUUUCGAUGGGGAUAUAUGGUUGUGCCACUCAUUCGGAGGCAAAUGCCAUGACUUUACGGCAUUUGAACCAGCAAUAGACACAUUGAAGGAAAUUGAAGCCUACUUAUCAUCAAAUCCCUCAGAAAUUGUGACAUUGAUCUUGGAAGAUUAUGUUCAGACCCCAAAUGGUUUGACCAAAGUGUUUACAGAUGCAGGACUAAAGAAAUAUUGGUUUCCUGUGUCAAAAAUGCCCAAAGGUGGUCAAGACUGGCCACUUGUGAGUGACAUGGUGGCUAAUAACCAAAGACUAAUUGUUUUUACUUCUGUCAAAUCCAAAGAACAGAGUGAAGGGAUUGCUUACCAAUGGAAUUACAUGGUCGAAAAUCAAUAUGGAGAUGGAGGAAUGAAAGAAGGAAAUUGCCCUAAUCGCGCAGAGUCAUCGCCAAUGAACGAUAAAACUAAAUCAUUGGUGUUGGUAAAUUACUUUAGGUCAAUAGCAUUGAAGCCAUUAGCUUGUGUUCAGAACUCAGAGGACCUCCUUGACAUUCUUAUGACUUGUCAUGCUGCUGCUGCUAAUCGUUGGGCUAAUUUCGUCGCAGUUGAUUUUUACAAGAGAAGUGAAGGAGGAGGUGCAUUUUUAGCUACAGAUACCCUUAAUGGGCAACUAUUAUGCAAUUGUGGGGAUGUACAUUCUUGUGCGAAGGGAUCUUCUCCAGGAGGCUGCACUUCUAGAUCAUGACCAGGAAAAUUAAUAAUCUUUUAAGAAAUAAACACCUUACUUUUCUUUUAAUUUCCCUUCUUUGGAAAAUUCUAUAGGAAAAAAAUUAAACGAUGGGCGUAAUUAUUCAUCGAUACUGUUGUUCAUGGAAUUGUUGUGUAUGAUAUGAACAACAAUUUUUUGAAGAUGCAGUUGUGUACGAUUGAAGAGAAAAUAUAAUAGAACAAAGGUUAAUGGUCAAUUCCUUAGCCCCUUUCUAUCAGUUACAACUUUUUCCUACCCGAAACACCCAUUGUUUGAGUGGAGAAAAGAAACAAUUGAGUGUUGAGAUAUGUUUUAAUAUAUAAACGGUAAUAGCUGGGAUACAUAAAGGGAACUGCAAAUAGUUAAAAUGUAAAAUUCGCAAAAAAUGAUAGUUUGAUAUAUAUAUUUUUUUUAUCUAUCUUUAAUUUAUACACGGUUCUUUCAUUUUUUUUUUUACUUAAAGAACUUAAAAAAGAUUUAGAUCGUCUUAGUUUUUUUAUUUAACCUGAAUCUUUUCUAUUUUUUAUGCUUUCCGCGAAUUGAACUCUGACUAUCAAGUUUCUCAACUAAUUUUUUUUUUUUUUUUUUUUUUUUUUUUAUAAUUGAGGCUGUUUAUGCAAUUGGCACAGCAACAGGCUGCACUCAGUAGAAGUAUCAUUGCUGGGCCACUUUCAAGAUUGGGCCAAUGAUAAUACAUCUUCUAAAU